GUGUUCCAACAGCUGUUCCAAAAAGCGAGCGAACUCCCCAUCGUAAUGUGGGUCAUGAAAACUGCGCAAAACCUCGUACGUUCAUGAAAAAUGACGCGCGUUUAUGGAAAAAUGCGUGUUCAGUUAUGAAAAUUUUUUUUCAAUUUAAAUACUAAGUAACGAACACAUCGUAUCUAUCUCUGGACCAUGGAUUGCCACGCAGGUCGACCUACGGCGCGCAAGUCUCGAAAUACGAAGCGAAUACAGCUGAACGCUAAAACGACAAGUUAUAUGCUCCUGUACCUUUUCUUUCUCUCUCUUUUUCUUUGACUUCUCUUUAUCCAUAAACAUUGACAAAGUGGCACCUAGCGGAUAUGUGCAUCGCUUGGUACCACAUGGCACUGAUAUUAACGUUGCGUUCACGCCGUUAAAUUCUAACCUCUAAUAUAAACCAUAGACUCGAUUAUGAACAAUUAGAGGAAGUAGAUUAAUAUAAAACAUAGAAGUGUUUAGAGAAUAUUUCACUAAGGCAAUAUUUAAUGAAUCAAAAAUAAAAAGUUUAAUUAUUGGACAUAUAUUACAUAUAUAUUUAUAUAUAUACAUGGCAUAUAUAUUUAUAAAAAAUGUUUAAAAAUAUUGUUGUGGGUAUAUCUGGAGGAGUAGAUAGCGCUGUGACAGCAUUGUUACUUAAAGAGAAAGGAUUUAAUGUUACGGGUGUUUUUAUGAAAAAUUGGGAUAUAUUAAACGAAAAAGGAGUAUGUCUCGCUGAAAAAGAUUAUAAAGAUGCCAAAAAAGUUUGUGAAAAACUUGAUAUUCCAUUAUUUCAAGUGAAUUUUGUCAAGGAAUAUUGGAAUAAUGUUUUUAGCAACCUUUUGGAGAAAUAUCAAUCUGGUUAUACACCAAAUCCUGAUAUUUUGUGUAAUAAAAAUAUAAAAUUUGAUCAUUUUAUUAAUAUUGCACAAACUAAAUUUCAUGCAGAUGCAGUAGCAACUGGACAUUAUGUAAAAACUAGUUUUGGACCCUAUCUUGAAAAUUUUAAACCACAUACUGAUGUACUUAUGUUACAAGCAUUAGAUGCUAAUAAAGAUCAAACCUUCUUUUUAUGUCAAGUAUCACAACAGUCAUUAAGGCAUUGUAUGUUUCCACUUGGAGAAUAUUUAAAAAGUGAUGUGAAAAAAAUUGCUAGAGUAGCAGGAUUAACUGAAAUAGCAGAAAAAAAGGAGAGUAUGGGUAUAUGUUUUGUUGGAAAGCGUGAAUUUCAACAUUUUAUUUCUGAGUAUAUAGAAAAUAAAGAUGGCGAUGUUGUUAAUUUAGACAAUGGUAAAAUAAUUGGAAAGCAUCAAGGUAUCCAUCAUUGGACCAUUGGUCAGAGAUGUAAAAUAUCUGGUUUGGAUGAUGCAUAUUUUGUAUUUCAAAAAGACCUUCAAACAAAUGUUAUAACUGCAGUAAAAGGAACAAAUCAUCCAGCUUUAUACUCAGAUCUUGUAGUUGUUCAAAAUCCACAUUGGAUUGUCAAUGAACCACUAGAACUAAGAGAUAGCGAACGUAUUUUGAUUUGUAAUUUUCGUUUUCAACAUAGAAAUCCACUCAUUAGUUGCAAAAUAUUUAAAACAUUAAAUAAUCAAUUGAUUAUCCAACUUUCCCAACCUUUAAGGGCUAUUACAAUAGGACAAUAUGCUGUUCUAUAUUCUGGUCAAAUAUGUUUGGGUAGUGCUGAAAUUAUAUAUCCUGGUCCAUCAUAUUUGGCACUUGGUCAAAAUAUAAAUGCAUUAAAAAAUAAUACAGUAAAUCUAGUACAAAUAGCAAAGUGAAUGCAUACGUUUCUAGCAAUAAUUGUUAAUAUUAGAAUAAUAUUUAUGUAUAAUAACAAUAAUUGUUAAAUAAAUGGAAAUAUAUUUGAUAAUUAUUUUAAAUAA